AUGUGGCUACGCAGACAGGGCAAGGUGGGUGGAUGGGCUGGUAUACACACCCAAGCUCGCACGGUGUCGAUGUACGAAUGGUUCUGUGGCUCGUUCAAUACUGUAUUGCGGCAUUCGCUGGACGACGCAGCGGAUGGAGCAAAAGCCGAUUCGCGAGAUGGUGCAGGCAGGACAGAGCACGCCCGGCAGCUUCGCAUAAGGCAUCAUUUCGCCACCCUGCGCCUCAUUCCGGAUGUUCCGAGGAAGGUGGAUCGCGUUGUUCUUUCCAGAAUCGGCGACUCAGUCAAAGAUGGCCCGGCAUACGUAAGCCUGGUCCACUCAGGGCUGAGCGGCAGCAAAAGUACACGGCGAGUAUGCUUUGCUCGCACCAGCAAGGAGCGUCUGAUCGUGGCCUUCGGCUUCAAGCUCUGCUCCAGGCGGGGCCAGAGUGGUGAUGGAUCUGGCAAGUACCCGAAACGACGAAGGAAAGUGCCAGUGACGAGGGUGCGACUGCCGCUGGCGGCUAGCGCCAAGACUGGUCGGAGCCAUGGACUCGCCGUGGGCGCCGAAGCAGGGAAGGAGCGAGCAGCAUGA